AUGAAGCGUCGCGAUCGCUCAUCUUCGCGCCUGCGUAAACUCGAGAAGGACGGGGUGUCUGACGAGGGCCUGGGUGGUGGGGAGUCUGGCGGACAGAUAGAGGAUAUGGUUUUGUUCUGCUUGACGAUCUUCGCCGCUUUCAUUCCUCGUCGAGUACUUGUGGACCUUCGUACCCACGUCCACGCCUGCCAGUCUCACGUCUUCUCCAUCCAAGCGAGAACAUAUUUCGACGCGCUUCCUCUGCGCACCAGGCAGAUCAUCCACGGUGGCUCUGUUUCCUGGUGGUCGCUCCCACCGGUCAGGUACGUCCUACCUGGGAGAGCCGUCACGGUUCUAGGGCUGGGCUGGCGUGUCGAGCAAGCUGUUCGGCGUCUUGACAAGUGCCCUGCUACUCUGGAAAUGCGAUGGAACGUCUAA